AUGAGUUCAGUCGCUAGUACCCCGUCGCAGCUGUCAAAUAAUAUAGAGGAAGAUGGCGGCAGACUUCGGAGGAAGCCCUGGUGGUCUCGGCAGAAGCGGCGAGCGUCGAUAAUGGAGUCGCCGUUGUUGCAGCAGCGGACUUCGUCGCGUAAGUUCCAAGGCGGAUUGUUUGAUCACCACGGCGCUUCGCCACUGGGGCGCCGAGAGAGUGUGUUGUCCCGGUCGUGCAUUCGGCCGAAGAGAUUACGUCCUAAGCGGGAGUAUGGUGUGAAGACGAUCGGGCAAAAGGCGAGUUUUGUGUACCUAGUGAAUCAGAUUUUCGGCACAGGAGUGAUUGCCAUCCCGCGAGUUUUUGCGUCGUCCGGAUGGAUGCCAUGCUUCAUCGCUAACGUGUUUGUGGCCAUGGCAGCCGGCUUGGGUACACUCAUGACUCUGAGGUGCAUGACGUUGGUCGAGGGCAACCGCAAUUUUGAACGUCGUCUGGAGUACAUGGGCUUAAUGAUGCGCUACCUACAUACGCCCUAUUACCGAGUGGUACAGUGGUUUUUCUACCUCUCUAUCUUCGCCUCCAACAUCGUCUCCAUCAUUGUCGUGGCUGAGGCUUUCGACAACAUCAUAGUUCGGAUCUUCGGCUCCACUCCGGCGCUGACUCUCAAGCCCUGGCCUCUCGGCUUCUCCAACGUGUCCAACUUGUCGGUCAUCUAUGGUUCGCACGAAAACGACUCUAACUACCAAGUGACCUUAGCUAUCACGCUGGGCUACCUCUGCACCGCCUUCCUCUGCAUCCCGCUCUCCCUCCAAACUAUGGACGAGAACAUGAAGGUCCAAUACUUCAGCUUCGCUGUGCUUAUCUCCACGCUUCUCGGCCUCGCCCUGAACGGACUGCUGGAGGCCCGAGCCGCGUCCUUUACAGCAGUCUUUUGCACACUCUUCCUUCACCGAAACAAAAUCCUAUCUCCCCGCCCGACUUCUGCGUCUCCAUUCCCGGGCCUCCCCGCGGCCACGGGUGUCCCCAAGGCCACGAUAGUCCCCCAGAUCAAGGGGGGGGCCGCGCACUAUGGACCCAGGAACUGGAUCGCUUCUCUACCUCGCCUACCAGAAUCUCGACUACCAGGGCGUGUUGGAGGACCACGGCCAGUUGGGCGGUUCGUGCCACGGUUGAAAACAGUGCAGCCGGCGCGUCGGCAAUUGUCUGCGGCGGGGAUGCCUACGGCGUUUGGUAAGCGGACGUACGGCGAGUUGAUGUCUACGUUCUUGGCGUCGUAUUCCUGUGUCAAUGUAAUUCCAUCCUGGGCGAACGAGAUGGCAUGGGACGUGAAGGUGAACGAGGUGGUGUUCCAAGGACUGCUCUUUUCGUGUGUGGUCUAUUACCUCUUCGGGUUCUGCAUGGUCUACGUCAUGCCCGACAUACAGUCGGACAACAUCCUGCAGGAAGUGCUCGAAACAAGCAGCCACAAGUUCCUCGCCUCCAUGCUCGUUUACGCCUUUGACCUCAUUACCGUCGCACCCGGCAUACUCGUCUACUGUAUUACUACUCGCUACAAUCUCAUCAACGAAGAAGCCUGCAGCUAUCGAGGCGCGGUCUUCUGGAGCUCCGUCUUCCCCUUCCUCGUCGCCUGGCUCGUCUGCGACAACUCACACUUCUCCGCCGUACUCAGCUGGUCCGCCCUCGUCUUCUCCCUCAACGUCAACUUCAUUGCACCUCUCGUCAUCUACCUCGUCGCCUGCUCUGUCAGCCAACCGUCACACAGAAACCCCGUCUGCCACACCACUAAACGAAACCGUAAGCCACCACCCCCUGUGACCACCUCCCACCACCCCCUGUGA